UCAACCAAUGGAAGCGCGGCAUUCUUCAUUUUUUAAACUGUAUGAAAUUUCUGUUUGGAGCCAGGGAUUUCAACCGCGCUACCUGAGUGUUGUGAUCCGUCUUCUGCGUAUCGCCGGAAUUUCGAAUCGCGAUGGUCGUCCCCUCCCUAGAGGAGCUGGACUCCCUCAAGUACAGCGACCUGCAGAAAUUAGCCAAGAGUCUGCGUCUCCGGGCCAACCUGAGGGCAGACCAGUUGUUAAAAGCUGUGAAAGGCCACAUUAAUUGUGAGGCAAGAAAAGGAAAUGAGAAUCGGGAUGAAAGUCAAAUUUCUGCAUCCUCUUAUCAUGAGACUGAGAUACAGAUCAGCAGCCAGGAACAAGCCGAGAGAGAGCCAACCGGCCAUGUCACCAAAACAAGGAGAAGGCACAAGACUGUCCGUGUGGACCCUGACUCCCAGCAGGAUCAUUCAGAGAUAAAAAUAAGUGAUCCGACUGAAUUCCAGAAUCAUGAAAAGCAGGAAAGCCAGGAUUUCAGUGCUAUUGCAAGAGUUUAUUCUGCAGAUGAGCACCAAGGAGCUAAGAAUGCUGUUUCUUCAGGAAAACGUGGAAUAAAUGGUAACAAAGAUUCAAAGAUACCUUCAGAAAGAAAGAAAUCUCUCUACACAGAUGGGUUAUCCAAACCUGGAAAAAAUAAAAGAACUGCAAUGACUACUCCAAACUUUAAGAAGCUUCAUGAAGCUCAUUUUAAGGAAAUGGAGUCCAUUGAGCAAUAUAUUAAGAGGAAAAAGAAACAUUUUGAAGAAUACAAUUUCAUCAGUGAACUGAAGCAGCAGCCCAUCAAUAAGGGAGGAGUCAUGACUCCAGUACCUCCAAAAGGAAGACUCUCUGUGGCUUCUACUCCCAUCAGCCAACAACGCUCUCAAGGCCAGUCCUACGGCCCUGCAUGUCAGAGUACCUUGGGUCUGAAGGGGUCACUCAAGCGCUCUGCCAUCUCUGCAGCUAAAACAGGUGUCAGGUUUUCAGCUGCUACUAAAGAUAAUGAGCAUAAGCGUUCACUGACCAAGACUCCAGCCAGAAGGUCUGCACGUGUGACCAUGUCUGGGAAUACCCCAAAAGGUGAGGCUGUGCUUGGGACACACAAAAUAAAGACCACCAAGAGGAAUUCUGCUGUUAUUACUCCAUUCAAGUUGACAACUGAGGCAAUGCAGACUCCAGUCUCGAAUAAGAAACCAGUGUUUGAUCUUCAAGCAAGUUUGUCUCGUCCCCUCAACUAUGAACCACACAAAGGAAAGCUAAAACCAUGGGGGCACUCUAAAGAAAAUAAUUAUCUGAAUGGGCAUGUCAACAGAAUUGAUUUCCACAAGAAAACAUACAAACAACCCCGUCUCCAGACAAAGGAAGAGCAACGGAAGAAACAUGAGCAAGAACGAAAGGAGAAGAAAGCAAAGCUUUUGGGAGUGCGAAGGGGCCUCAGUUUGGCUGAAGAUUAGUAAUUUUUUAACAUCUUGUAAAUAUUUCUGUAUUCUCAAUUAUUUUUCCUUUUGUAAAUUUUUUUUUUUUUUGCAUUCUUCCCCACUUUAGUCAUGAGAUCUUUUUCUGCUAACUGUUCAUAUUCUAUGUCGCGUCCAUGGGUUCUUCAUGUGCUACAAUCUCUGAAAAGACAUUAUCACACUAAAGCUCAAAUUCUUUGGGAUGGUUUUUGCUUAAGUCCCUAUACAGUUCAGUUUUCUAAUGAGACCCUUCCUAAGAUUCUGGUCCUAGAUUUUUAAAGUCAAGUUCCCCUGCUGGUUCUAGUAUGAACAGAACUGCAGUCUUCUGCUAGGCAAUAGCAUUUACCUGUUGGCAGCUAAUUAUACAAGUUUCAGUAGAAAUUGAACAAUAACAAGAGUAGGGUAAGCUAGGGUAGAAAGGCCACGUCUUCACUCUCUAGUCUAUAGAAUAUAGUACACUUUAUGAAAUGGGGCCAUAUGGUUUGGUUAUUACAUCAAUAUUUUAUCUAGAUGAAAUUGUUUAGGCUCAUAUCCACCUUUGUUGAAAUAGCCUCCUGUAAUUACCAUCUGUCACUCACUAUAUUUGCAAAAGUAAAACUCUCUGUAACUCAUUCUAAUGUUGCUGACUUAAAAUAAAAGCUACAUAGCCCUAUCAAAAUGUGAGGAUUAAUGUUCCACCAAACCUACUUCUUAUUUAUUUUAUGGAAAAGACUAGACUUUGCUUAGUAUCAUGUCCAUAUUUCUUUCACCUCAGUGGAGCAUCUGAGUUGUAUACUGCUGAAGAUUGUUGUCAAUAACAUUUUUUCUCAUUGU